GCUUACCGCAUUGCUCUAUAAGCAUUGUUCUUUCUUGUUACAGAUAUUUCUGUUGAUGUCACUUUCAUUUGAGACUUUGUACAUGUCGUAAAAAGAGGUCACAUUUUGUACCACAGUUUGUUUUAGUUAAUAUUUAUUAAAGAGAUUCAAUUUUGAGUUGUUGAAGCAGAUGAUCGAAAAUAUUGUAGAUUACUUACACUAAGAUCCAAGAAGCAGCGUCAUUUUGCCGAAUGCCACAGUAGUUUGUAAAGAACCUAGAAACAUAUCCUAGUAUCGAUCUACGAAAUUCUGGUUAUCCAUAAUACUGCCAUGUCUCAGUUUGUCCGCUGGGAUAGUAUUCUCUCUUAAGAACCUUAUAAUGCGUAUCAAAUGUUUAUUUGCAAAGUAUACUAUGCAAUCGGUCAUAGCCAACGUAGAAUCUGGUAUAUAUCUGGCAGAACAUUUAAAUUAACCAAUAUAUUAUUUUCUCCGUUUGCAACCUCGUAGUUAAUUCCACGGUCACUGAAAUUUUAGUUCCCUCUUUUCUAUACUCUAAAUUUUAAAUUUGCUGAACGGACUAUAUUUCUCAUCAUCUGUAAAUAAUCGACAUUUUCAUGACUGAAAAUUUUAAUUCUUGUAAAUAAUCUCUCAUUGUACUUUUAUAGUAAAAAAAUCUUGUUCAAAUUUUUACCAGGUUAUUAAGAAAUGUCAGAAGUAAACGAAAGUGAAUGUGAAGAAUUCUUGAACAUUAUUAAGUUGUCUUUGGAGGAAGAUAAAAGUCAUGUUCAUGUUGUUGUGAUCAUCGGAGCCUCUGGUGACUUAGCAAAGAAAAAAACUUACCCGACUUUAUGGUGGUUGUUCCGUGAUGGUCUUCUGCCCCCUCGAACUUACUUCGUUGGGUUUGCACGGUCUGAUAUUGGUACCCAGGACAUAAGAGCAGAAAGUGAAAAAUUUGCCAAGCUCUCAUCAUCUCCAUGUCAAAAAUAUGAAGAAUUUUGGGACUGUAAUUUUUACUUGAGAGGAGAUUAUACGAAUCCAAAAACAUUUGAAUUACUAAAUAAGUUUAUAGAGUCCAAGUGGGAACAAUCUGUUAAUCGCAUAUUUUAUUAUGCUAUACCACCAUCAGUUUAUAAACCUGUUUCAUCAUCUAUCAAAGAAUAUUGUACUAACAAAAACCCUGAUACGUGGACUCGAUUGAUCAUUGAAAAACCGUUUGGACGAGAUUUAGAGUCAUUUAAUGAAUUGAAUUCUGAAUUAACUAAACUGUUUACAGAAGAACAGAUUUAUCGAAUCGACCAUUAUUUGGGCAAAGAGAUGGUUCAAAAUCUACUAAUUUUACGAUUCUGUAAUCAGGUCUUCAGUCCACUGUGGAAUCGUGAAAAUAUUGAUAAUAUUACAAUAUCAUUUAAAGAACCAUUCGGAACCGAAGGACGUGGUGGGUAUUUUGAUCAAUUCGGAAUUAUUCGUGAUGUUGUUCAGAAUCAUCUUAUUCAAAUUCUUUCGUUGGUAGCAAUGGAAAAACCUAUUUCAGUUAAUGCAGAUGAUAUACGUGAUGAGAAGGUUCGUGUGCUUCGAAGCAUUGAACCUCUAACAAUAGACGACAUUGUAAUUGGACAGUACGUUGCAGAUCCGAAUGCAACAAAUCCACCUGCUUCGUUGUCUUACACGGAUGAUCCAUCAGUUCCUAAAGAUUCCAUAACACCUACUUAUGUAUGUGCUGUGUUAUAUGUGAGAAAUGAUCGUUGGAAGGGUGUUCCAUUCAUUCUCCGGGCAGGGAAAGCACUAAAUGAACGUAAAGCAGAAGUCAGAGUUCAGUUUAAAGAACCUCAUAUUCAUCUUUUCGGUUCAAAAGAAGGUCUACCACGUAAUGAAUUAGUUAUACGUGUACAACCGGACGAAGCAGUUUAUAUUAAAUUGAAUGUGAAAUCUCCUGGUAUGAAAUUUCAAACAGAAGAAACUGAAUUAGACUUAACUUAUGCUCAGCGAUAUAAAGCCAUCAAACUACCCGACGCUUACGAACGAUUGAUUCUCGAUGUAUUCUGUGGAGUUCAGACAAAUUUUGUACGUUCUGAUGAACUACGCGAAGCUUGGCGUAUUUUAACACCGGUAUUAAAAUACUUGGAAGAAAAUAAAAUCAGUCCAUAUCCAUACAUUUAUGGGAGUCGUAAUGGCCCGAAAGAAGCAGAUAUUUUGUGUAAAAAAGCAGGUUUUCAAUACUCUGGUACAUAUGUUUGGAAAUCAGGUUAAAAAAUAUUCAUUCCGUCAAUUUGCGAUAACCCAAUCAAUUAUAUAAAAGAUCCACAUGUUUUAACUUAUUUGAAUGCCUUAGUAAUUAUGAACAGAACAUUCGACUAAUUUGUUUCUUUACAGCCAAUUUGCUUUAAGAUUUUAUUGUAAUAGCACUUUUGUAAUAAUAUUGUCACAACAAACCAUAUACAAAUAUAUAAAUCUGAUUAAUACAUAUAACUCGAAUACAAUAGUAGUUGGUGUUGUUCGGUUAGUUUUAUAAUGCUUAUUGUUUUGGCCCAAUAAACAUCACUUUCAGUCAUUAUUGUA